UGCAUAUUUCGCCACGCGCGACGCUCGGCAUCUCGACUCGAGCUGUACUUUUGUUUUUCUAAAAACGAACACUUGUCCAAUCGUGAGGUCAGCUGACACUGGUAAUGGCCACCCACCCCACCCCUCUCUCUACCUCCUGUCGACCAACACACGGACUCAAACAGCAAGUUGCUGCAUUUUUUAAUUUCCUUGCACGGGGACCGACGAAGAGAGAGACAAGGUCGACAGGCAUUAUACUACUUUAGCCUCUUAGAAAAAUGUACUUUUAUAAACGUCAAUCGCGUUAUUUUUGUGACUCUCAAAGGAUAAACAAAUAGGAUCUUGCGUUUUUGUUUUUAUUUUUUCCUAAUAAGCUCUUAUCAUUAAACUCAGCAGUCGCCCUUCUUGCUUUCCUUUCCUCGGUAUAUCUCACUCAACCGCCCAUUGACUUGAUGUUUAUCUGAGCUGAAAAGCAUCACUGCUCAGAAUGUUGCUAGAACAUCCUGGAUCGAGUUGUCAAAAUUCCGGGAAUUUCUCCCGAUACAGCGCAGGUCAAGAGAUUCCUGUAUGCGCGGGCUGUAAUCAACACAUCGUGGACCGCUUCAUCCUCAAAGUGCUGGACCGCCAUUGGCACAGCAAGUGCCUGAAAUGCAGCGACUGCCAAUCCCAACUAGCGGACAAGUGCUUCAGCCGGGAAGAUAGAGUCUACUGCAAAGAAGACUUUUUUAAGAGAUUUGGGACCAAAUGUGCCGCGUGUCAGCAAGGUAUUCCGCCGACGCAAGUGGUGAGGAGAGCGCAGGAUUUCGUGUACCACCUGCACUGCUUCGCGUGCAUCGUGUGCAAAAGGCAACUCGCGACAGGUGACGAGUACUACUUGAUGGAGGACAGCAGACUCGUGUGCAAGGCUGACUACGAAACCGCUAAACAGAGAGAGGCAGACUCAACAGCGAAAAGGCCACGAACGACUAUCACCGCCAAACAGCUCGAGACCCUGAAAAACGCUUACAACAACUCUCCAAAACCUGCCCGCCACGUACGAGAACAGCUAUCGUCAGAAACCGGCCUAGAUAUGCGGGUUGUUCAGGUGUGGUUUCAGAACAGGCGAGCAAAAGAGAAGAGGCUGAAGAAGGAUGCAGGCAGACAGAGGUGGGGACAGUACUUCCGCAACAUGAAGAGGUCGCGAGGCAGUUCAAAAUCAGACAAGGACAGCAUCCAGGAGGAGGGCAUGGACAGCGAUGCUGAGGUUUCCUUUACAGAUGAGCCACCCAUGUCGGAGCUCAGCCACUCCAACGGCACCUACAGUGGCCUGAGCGAGUCUUCCCUGGCCAUGGGGGGCCGCCAGGAGAGCAGCCACGGCCCCUUCCCCCUAGAGCAUGGAGUCCUCCAGUCCCAGGACCAGUACCACAACAUCCGCUCAAGCAGCCCUUACGGCCUACCCCAGUCCCCAGGCUCGCUUCAGUCCCUGCCCAGGCACCAGCCCCCCAUCUCCAGCCUGGUCUACCCUGACUCUGGCCUGUCCAUCAUGACCCAAGGCAGGGCCCCCGGGCUGAACCCAGGCAUGAGAGGAGUGUUGGGUGGCGCUAACGGCCCCAGCUCGGAUCUGUCUACUGGCAGCAGUGGGGGCUACCCAGACUUCCCAGCGAGCCCAGCUUCCUGGUUGGAUGAAGUGGACCACGGCCAGUUUUGAUUAGCUGGGUUGAUUGGUCAACGUGGUCUAAGGACUCAAAGGUGUGUGUCACAAACUGGAAGGAGAAAGUCACACAUGACCUGUGAAACAGAGAGACCGGGUCGGAAGGUUGCUGUCUUCCACCCUUCUUGGAUCACUCCAUCUGUCUCUAUCAAUUAACUGUCAAUCUUUUUCAUUUCUCCUCAUCUGAGUGGACUGGAAGGAAGGAUUGGGCCAUCAAAAAGUAUGAAUGGCAGCACUUGGAACUCACACACUCCAUUCCUCAUAGAGAACCAGACUGAGAAUCAUGGCGUGCUAGCCUGUUAUGAAUGCUAUCUUUGUGACAACAUAACACAUUUCAACUUUUGCCCAAUUGGAUUGUGAUAGACUCUACCCCCAAUCCUUUCCACCUUAUUCUUCUCUCUGUUUUUUGCAGGUUUUGGUUAAUGUCAGAGUCUUUACAUGUCUGGUUGUUGCCAAAUGUCUAUAUAUAUAUAUAUACAUAUUACAGUUUAUCAUUGUGGAGACUUUAUUUUUAUACAACCCCUUCGACAAUAUGAAUACCACAGAUAUUAGUACUUUGUACAUUGACAGCCAGGGAUCUAGACGGGUUGUAGAUGUCGCCUCCCACCGAUAACUAGAGGUGCAAUUACUUCUAUGCAUUUGUGUGUUUUCAGAUGCAUCUUAUUCUUUUCGUUCUGAGCUACCUGGGCAUGCUGAAACCCAGGCUGGUGUAUGUGUUUGUUUAUGUGGAAGAUGUUUUAUGUCUUAUUUAUUCUCUCUGAUGAUGAUGAUGAUGAUGAUUAAGUGAUACAGGUCUUUAAUAAAUGUGUCAGCUAAAUCCAAACUGACCAAUGGCUCUUGUAUCACAUCUUUAUUUUAUUGUAUUGUAUUGACUAUGGGCUGUAUCGUAGGUUCUCUUCUAUGUUAGAAUGUUUUUUUUAAGUGUUUUAUGCACACCUUAAUUCUGAAAAACACUAACAGAAGCUAGGGUAAUUGGGGUGGUGGCUUAUCUCCAAUAUUCAUCCCUAAUUUUCCUGGAGUAUUAAUUACAUUGAUCUAUUAUCAGAAUACAGAUACUGCAGGAGAAAAGCAGAUCUGGAGAUCUGGCUGUGUCUGCAGAUUGGCCGUCUGGCAAAUUACCAAAGCCGUAUCAAGAGUUCAACGGCUCUUUAGUGCAGAAAUUUGAUGCAGACUGAGAGGCAACAUGUCGAUUUAGAGAUAACCGUGCCUUGUUUGCCCAAAUGCCCCUACGGGAUAAAAAUCUUAAAUCAAUUAGCUUAGGAGGGAUCGAAUGCCUCUUGUAAAUUUCCUCAUUUGUUUACUUAUUCAAAGUCGGGUUCAAUUAAAUAGAUUAAACUGUGGUGUAUGUGAGCGGCGUAUAUGCUUCUGUGUGACGUCAAUUUCUUACAUUUGUUCUCCCAGUGACAAAGACUUGCAUUGCGGUUUUAUCUGUGCAUAGCAUCACCAACAACACAUUAAAAACCAUCCUCACCCUGACAAAGCCCAUCAAUCUGUACCAUCUUUUAGAUGGACCCUUUCGCCAUCUUCAAGCAAUUUGCAACGUGUUCCAGGAGACCUGAUCAUGAACAACUCUGGACUUUACUUAGCUAUAGCAUCAUAACCUAAGACGUCCUAAAUAUUAGUCACAUUUUAGAUUUAGGAGGGAAAGUUCAACCAACAGCAUUUUUCACGCCCUGACCGUAGAGAUCCUUUAUUCUCUAUUUUGGUUAGGUCAGGGUGUGACUAGGGUGGGCAUUCUAGUUUCUUUAUUUCUAGGUUGGCUUGGUAAUGGUUCCCAAUCAGAGGCAGCUGUCUAUCGUUGUCUCUGAUUGGGG